CUCCGGGGAAAAAGGAGGUCGCUUGCCUCACCCGCUCCAGGGACAGCGCCCCGAUAACCUCCCCGCGCACGCCAGACUCCCCUGACCGGCCGGAGACCGGGAGGACCGUUGGCCCCCGCCGGCGAAGGGCGGCCAAGUUGUUAGUUUUAAGCAGCUUUGUGUGCCGGGUGUUGGGAUUUCUCAUCCAGGCUGCAAGGAAUUUCGAACUCUGGAAAAUAGCAACUGUGUUUCUAAAGGAUCCGCUUCUAACCUAGCAUUGCAGAUCACAAUGAAGAACCAAGACAAAAAGAACGGGGCUGCCAAACAGUCCAACCCCAAAAGCAGCCCGGGGCAACCGGAAGCAGGACCAGAGGGAGCCCACGGGCCGCCCACCCAGUCGGCUCCUGCGACGGAAGCUGAAGGUUCCGCCAGCCAGGCUCCGGGCAAGACGGAGGUGGCUCAAGCUAAAACUGUUCAGACUGGGGCCCUCCGUGAUGUCUCUGAGGAGCUGAGCCGCCAGCUGGAAGACAUAUUGAGUACUUACUGUGUGGACAACAAUCAGGGGGGCCCAGGUGAUGAUGGGGCACAGGGUGAGCCCACUGAACCUGAAGAUGCAGAGAAGUCCCGAGCCUAUGCUGCAAGGAAUGGGGAGCCUGAGCCAGUGACCCCAGUAGUGAAUGGUGAGAAGGAGACCUCCAAGGGAGAACCAAGCACGGAAGAGAUCCGCACAAGUGAUGAGGUUGGAGAGCGAGACCACCGAAGACCACAGGAGAAGAAGAAAGCCAAGGGUCUGGGAAAGGAGAUCACGUUGCUGAUGCAGACAUUGAACACGCUGAGUACCCCAGAAGAGAAACUGGCAGCCCUGUGCAAGAAGUAUGCUGAACUGCUGGAGGAGCACCGGAACUCUCAGAAGCAGAUGAAGCUCCUGCAGAAAAAGCAGAGCCAGCUGAUACAGGAGAAAGACCACCUGCGUGGUGAGCACAGCAAGGCCGUCCUGGCCCGCAGCAAGCUCGAGAGCCUGUGCCGCGAGCUGCAGCGGCACAACCGCUCCCUCAAGGAAGAAGGUGUGCAGCGGGCCCGGGAGGAGGAGGAGAAGCGCAAGGAGGUGACUUCACACUUCCAGGUGACACUGAAUGACAUUCAGCUGCAGAUGGAACAGCACAACGAGCGCAACUCCAAGCUGCGCCAAGAGAACAUGGAGCUGGCCGAGAGGCUCAAGAAGCUGAUUGAACAGUAUGAGCUACGAGAGGAGCAUAUUGACAAAGUCUUCAAACACAAGGACCUGCAGCAGCAGCUGGUGGAUGCCAAGCUCCAGCAGGCCCAGGAGAUGCUGAAGGAGGCAGAGGAACGGCACCAGCGAGAGAAGGAUUUUCUCCUAAAAGAAGCAGUGGAGUCCCAGAGGAUGUGUGAGCUGAUGAAGCAGCAGGAGACCCACCUGAAGCAGCAGCUUGCCCUAUACACAGAGAAGUUUGAGGAGUUCCAGAACACACUUUCCAAAAGCAGCGAGGUAUUCACCACAUUCAAACAGGAGAUGGAAAAGAUGACUAAGAAGAUAAAGAAGCUGGAGAAGGAAACUACCAUGUACCGGUCCCGGUGGGAGAGCAGCAACAAGGCCCUGCUUGAGAUGGCUGAGGAGAAAACACUCCGGGACAAAGAGCUGGAGGGCCUACAGGUGAAAAUCCAGCGGCUGGAGAAGCUGUGCCGGGCACUGCAGACAGAGCGCAAUGACCUGAACAAGAGAGUACAGGACCUGAGUGCAGGUGGCCAGGGCCCCCUCACUGACAGCGUCCCUGAGCGGAGGCCAGAGGCUGUUGCUGCCUUCAAGGAGCAGGGUGGUGAGGAGCCAGGAGCCCGAGCACCCGGCUCCCCCAGGGCCACAGAAGCUCCUUGCUGCCCAGGGGCACUGAGCACAGAAGCAUCAGGCCAAACAGGUCCACAGGAGGCCACCUCUGCCACUGCCUAGAGAGCCUGGUGCUUGGGGCAUGCUGGGAAGGGAGCAGGCAGCCCAGCCAGGCCUGGCCCAUACAAGGCUCCCACGCUAAGUAGUCCAGUGCCAAGGCCAGGCUCUUCUGACUUGGCUGGCAUCUGACACAAUUUUGGAUUUUGUGGGUCCCUUUUACAUACAUAUGGCAUAUGUGCAAGGCCUCAUACAUUUUAUAUCUAAGUGUACAGUGGGCUUGCUUUGGGGGUGGGAAUGUGUACAGAUGAAGUCAGUGGCUCCUCUGUGGGCCUGAAGUCUUAAGAGGAGCUGUCAUCUGUAGGUGCCAUCACAGUGAGUUGGCAGGACAAGUGGCUUGAACAUUUCUCUGCCUGAUUUGAGGCUCAGACCCCUCCUAGCCCUUCAGAGCUCGUGACAAGGGAUACACCCAGGCCUUGACUGCAUUUCUCUUGUGAGCAGGGCUUGGGCAGCUCGGGUUCUCCUAGCUCCCCUGGAGGCUCCUUUUGACCUGGAAAAAGUUUUGGCAGGGUGCUUGGAACUGGUGAUUGACUGCUUUCCUGCCUAGUACUAGGGACAUGGAGAAUGUUUCUGGGUGGGAUGAUGCUCUCAUCGGGAGCCCCUUGGGCACCAUGUCCCCUGCCCUCCAGUAGUGCCAGGACCAGGCCAAUGAUGCUUCUCAGUAGCCUUAUCAUUCACAGGUGCCUCUCUAGCCUGCACAAAUGAUUGACAAGAGAUCACCCAAAGGAUUCUUUCUGAAGUUUGUGGGUUUUGUUUUGUUUUGUUUGUUUUGUUUGCACAUGGCAGUUUGUACUGAAAGUCUUCUAGGAAGGAAGAAGGGUGCUGUAGCAGUGGUGCCUGCGUGCCUGGCCUCCAGUGUCCCACUCCCCUCACCACCCCACCUGGCUCCUUUGCUGUGUUGGUGCUGAGGUUUCCUGUUCGAUGAGAUCGGAUUGUUCGUAGCAAAAGGAAGGAAAAGGCUUGUGAUGGCUUUGCCAUAAGCUUGCCUAUGGGUUUCAAUCCUGGUAGGCCACCAGUGAUUCCCAUCACCACCAUCUCCAUGUAGCACUUGCCAGUCCCCAGGUCCAGCUACCCCCUUGGCUUUAUAGAUCUGUUUCUGCUUCCUGCCUCCUCCCUUUAUGUGUUUCUGCCCCCUGAAUCCUUAAGGUUUGCCCUGGUUCUGUUUCCUGGUACCUCCUUUCCCAAGAAAUAAGAGUACUCCUUGGCAUUCCACUUCCUGUGUGGAAGCCCCCAGCUGUUGUCUGAUAGGUAAGGAGUGAAACUCGGCAAUUGACUGAGGGCUGGCCAGGUAGAUCAGUUGGUUAGAGCUUGCUGUUGUAACACCAAGGUCAAGAGUUUGGAUCUGUGUACCAGCCAGCUGCCAAAAAAAAGGAAAAUUGAGCCCCAGAAACUCACAAAAUGAUUGUAGACAGACGGUUUUGUCUUCCCCCACACCCAGUACAUACUACCAUGUACUGUGCAUAGCUAUUCUAUACACUACAAGCUCUGCUGGUUGCAAAAUUGUCAGGAGAUUAGCCAGUCUUUGUUCAGAGCAGUUUUCUGGGACGACAGAAUGAGUCUUGGAUUGGGAAGCAUCUCUAGCUGGGCCUCCACUUCAGUGUAGCUGAGGGAGUCACAGACCAAGAUGGAUAGGAUGGUUGGGGUUUUGUUUCUUUUGUAUUUCUUUGAAGCGAAUUCAUUGUUUUACACAUCCCUUCAUCUUCCACAACUAGCCCACUCUUUCAGCCCUUAACUUAAAUCCUUCACAUAAAUAGGUUCAUGAAGGAUGUUAAGUCCUCCUGAGUCAUGUUGUGACUUAGACCAGAGAUGGCAGAUGAAUAGCACAUGUUUCCUCCUGCCCCCAUGGCAGGCACCACUAAUCCACUUCAGAGCAUUUCCUGCUAAUCCCUGGUAUAUCUUUACUUCACAUCAGGAUGCCCCCAGCAGCGGUAUGGGUCUUGAGACUUAUUUGCCAUCCCUGGCUGAGAUACUGCUCUCCUGUGGAGAAGUGUUUUUCAAGAUUUUUUCUUCUCUUCUGAAAUCCCUGUGUUUGGAACGGUCCCUGCCUCUUCCUCCUCUAGCCCGUGUCAGGCUGAGGUACAAGAACUGCCAACCCCACAGAGGAUUUGCUAGGCUCCAGAGCUACAGGGAGGAGGCAUCUGCUUGCUUCCUUGAAGAGAGUGGAAGGGCCUACAGUGGCCCACAUAAUUGCCUGCCUCACUUCAGCUACCUCUUAAAGUCCAUGAGGGUUGGGGCUGUUGGGCCCCAGUUUGGUGGGAUGGAAGGCUCCAGUGGGCAGGUGGCCCCAGGCAGGGCAGAACCUUUGCACUCAGCAGCUCCAUCAUUCCGUAGGCAUCCAGGCCAGUGUGUAGAUGGGGAUCCCUUUCUUUCUCUUCCUCGCCGUUGACCAAAUCAUACCAAUCACUACAUCUGCUCUGCUCACUCUGCUUUCCGAAGUCAGCCCAGGCCCUGGGCCAGAUGCAGGGGAGACGGCCUAUCCAUGAGUGAAGGCCAGUGCCUUCCUCACACAGGCAGGUCUCGUGUACAUGACCUCAGACUUAGGACCAAGAGCUGUGCUGGUUUCUUGGAUUGCUAGCUUUUCCUCCAGGGGACCAUAGCAGGUGAAGCUCAUAGGCCAGAGCCCCCGGCUCUGCUAACAGCAGCUUAUGUUCAGGACCUUAUCCAGCUGAGAGCUUCGUGUAUGACAGGUUCUGAGAGGUGUCAGCAGCACUUUCUUUUUAUUUGUUGUUUGUUUUCCAUGAGGUUUUUGGACCAUGGGCUGAGCUCAGGCACUUUCUGUAAAAGAAUAUUAUUUCUGUAAAGAUGGUUAUUUAACCCUUCUCAACCCCAUCAUGGAGGCCCUGCUGAGGGCUGGCCAAGAGGCCAGUGGAACUGCUCUGGUGUCUUUGGGGGAGGGCUGAGCCCCGCUGAGCUGAUUCUCCAGCUGCUGCUCCAGCCUUCCCACCUUGCACAGUACAGAGGUGGUCACCCCAGCGACAGCCGGGCACCUGCCUGCUCCUCUCACCCUGUCUGGUGGAGGGGGGCUGCCUUCUGUCCCUGUAACUGCUUUCUUUAUGGCCCAGUCUGGCCACCCAGACUUGUUUGAAGCUGUGCUGACAGCUUUGUUGUCUCCUUUUGGUAUUCACAACAGCCAGGGACUUGAUUUUGGUGUAUUUUAAACCACAUUAAAUAAAGAGUCUGUUGCCUUA